GCAUUAGUAAUGUAUACGUCAGAUAUCACUUUGCAAUAAGUUUUCAUAUUAUUCGCAUAUCAAAAAAUAAUUUCUUAUAAGAAUACCUAUUAAUAAUAAUAAUAAUAAUCCGAUCAAAUAUUUAAUUUAACACGUUCAAUUCGAUUAGUAUAUUUCAAACAAAAAUUAAAAAAUACAUACAUAUGUUAAGUAAAACUCAAAAUUAAGUCAUCUCAAAAUUGUAAACAGAACGAGAUUAUAAUACAUGAUUAUUCGAUACUUAAAAUGUCUGUAACUGAAGAAAGAAUUCAAGAAUUAAAUAGACGAUUUUUAGAAUUUAUGAGUAAAAGUGAAAAUGUGGAAUCAGCAACUAAAGAAAUUUAUGAUGAUCUUCUUGAUGAAGUAUUAAUGGGAUUUGUUUUCGAUGUGCAUCGAACUACCAAAACUGGUAGUUCUGAUGUAGAAGAAGGCAUACCUGAUGAUGAAUCGUAUGCUAUUGUAGAUUCUCCAGGAUUGGAUGUUUUUGGUCAACAUCCUGUUAAAAAAUCCCAAGAAUGUAAUUGUCCAAAUUGUGAUAGAGGAGUUGCAGCUUGUCGUUUUGCAACUCAUUUAGAAAAAUGUAUGGGUAUGGGACGAAAUAGUUCGCGAAUUGCAUCAAGACGUAUAGCAAAUAAUUCAAAAGAUCUCAGUAAUUUCAGUGGUGUUAUAAGUGAUGAUGAUGAUGAUGUUGAUUGGAGUUUAAAUAAUGAUAAGCGUAAACGCAGAAAAGACCGUAAUGGUAUUAAAAGAACAAAGCAACAAAAAAAUAGCCAAAGAAAUGGUGAAACUAUAAAUGAACAUGUUCAUAGUAGUAAUGAAAAUUCUCCAUCAAAUUAUGAAAAUAUGUCCUUGGAAGAUAAAAGGAUUCUAUUGACUCAAAUUUGUGGAGUAAUAUCGGAGCAUACAAAAAAAUUGUGUACACGAUCUAUGCGAUGUCCACAACAUACAGAAGAUCAAAGGAAAGAAAUGAGAGCAAAUUUAGAAUCUGGAAACAAUAUACAACCUAGUCAAGAUAAUCUUCAUGUUGAUGUAGAUACUUAUGAAGAGGGAGAUGGACAAAACUUGAGAGAAGCAUUAGCGCGUUGGGAUCGCGAAGAAUCAAGUCAUUCGAGUCCAGCAGAUUCUACAUCUACUACAUCAACAUCUUCAAUAAGUAGAAAACGAGAAACAAAAUCGAAAGGCAAAGGCAAAGGCUCCAAACGCGAUCGUGGAUCGCCUAUUUCACAAGGAGAUUAAAAUAGUUUGCUUAAUUUAUUUUUUAAUUCUAAGAAUUUUCUAACAAGAAAAUUUAUGUAAUAAUAAUGUUCCUAUGCAUUGUAUAAAGCUUCAAGAAUAUAUUAUCCCAAACAAAAUAUAAAUUAAAAAAAAACCUUUUUAA